AUGCCGCUGGUUUUCCGGCCAGAAGAGGUUCGGGUGGCGAUUCUGAAGCGCUUGGAUGAUCGGUUGAUCGAUCGGUCGCAGAAACAAUUGAUGACGAUGGAGGAGGAGGACGGGGACAUUUGGGGGAGAAAGAAACGCUGGGUGGCGGAACUCGGGCGGGACUCAGGCAGAGGGUUCAAGGCAGAGGAAACCUUGGAAAGUUUGGAUAGAGUCCACAGUGACGGGCGCGGUGACGGUCUGAACACAAGCUACACCUCUUUGGUAUUUCCGUCGGCGCUCGAAUGGGGAGGCGCGGAUCUUGGGGCUAGAGUUGCGGAGAAAGGAGAGCUGGGCGACAGCGACUGGGGAGACCGGGCACGGUGGGCAGUCUAA